AUGGUCCAGCUCCCGCCGCCUCCCUCGCCGACAUCGGGAGAGCGCCUGCUUGGCACCCUGGUUGUCAUCGUCCUUCGCGCAAAGAACCUGCCCAACCGCGUCCGAAUCGGCAAGCAGAACCCUUAUGCGACGGUUACAUACGGGCUGCACAAGAAGCGGACGGACACGAUCGAGCGAGGAGGCCAGCAGCCUGAAUGGGACGCCGAGUUCCGCUUCGAGAUCCUCAAGGACGGUCUUGGCGGCGAGGAACAACUUGCAGCGGAGCAGAAGGCGGUCGUGACGCAGAAGGGAGGCGUUUUGCCAGCGAAGUCGGGGGCCGGAACCGGAACGGAGGCGGCGAGCAAGCACGAGAAGCGAGACUCGAACUCGCUUGUCGUUGCGCCUCUCGCGACGGGUUAUCCGCCAGGUCGGCGCGUCUUGCGAAUUGCUUGUUGGGCAGACGACGCGCGGGACCCUAAGCUGAUCGGCGAGGGCGAGCUGGACAUUGAGGAGACGAUCAAGGUCGGCAAAUUUGACGACUGGGUCAAGCUUGAGCGGAAAGGUCGGUACGCUGGCGAGGUCUACCUCGAGUUGACCUGGUAUUCGAACGAACCUCGCCCGGUGCGCACGUCGCGCAAGACAUCCGUCGCCGAGUCUCCGACUCGAGCAGGAGGUGCAUACGGCGGUGCCGGCUCACGCGUCGAGGAUCACUCGGGUAGCGAGGCCGGAACGGAAGAGUGGGAUGUAGGUAGCCAGGUGGGCUUGGGGAACAACCUGCACAAGGGCUCGCAGGCGAGCCUUAAUUCGGUCGCUUCUGCACCCGCCGAGCUCUCCGCAGAUUAUCCGGACGCCGAUGUCGCCCCUCUCGCCUCGUCCAUGUCGACAAUGUCGCUCUCCCGCCCACCUCUGCCGCAGCCACCCGCUUCCGUGACCUCGCCUCCGUACAGUCACCAGAUCCACACCUCGCAGUCCUACCAGCAGUUCCCGCUAGCCCCUCCGCCCACGCACUACGGCAGCUACAGCCACGCUCCUCCCGCCGCUUCAUACGCGAGCUACUCAGCGGCGCCGAGCUAUGCAGGGAUGCAGACCUAUCAACAGCCGUACGCUGGGUAUGGCGCACCGCCGAGCGAGUUUGGGCAGUACGCUCAGCCUCAGCAGGCACCGCAGCCGCCUCAGCAGCUUGGCGAGUUCGAGCAGCUCGCGCACGACCACUACGCCAGCCAAGGCUACCCCUACGCCUCGACCUCCUCGCACCGGCCGUUGCCGCAACCCACUCCUGCGCCUCCCGCGCCGCCGUCUAUGCAGUACGAUUCGUAUUCUUCUGCAUCCUAUGCGCCCCCUCCCGCACAAACGCCCUACCCGCAACCUCCUGUUCCACCCAUCCCUCCCAGCAACUCGGCUUACUGGCAACAGCAACGCGUGGCGCCGCCAACUUCCUCCUCGUAUCCAUCGCUGCCACACUCGAGCUCGCAGACGACAAUCUGCGCUCCGCCACAGCCACCUCAACCGCCCGCUCCCGCUUUCUCGCCCCCUCCAGCUUUCGCGCAUCCCCCUCCUCCCCCUUCCAUAGCCAAUACGUUCUCGCCCUUGCGGCAUUCUGGAUCGCUCCCUCAGAUGCCUCAGCCACCCAUCCCGCCUCAGCCGCCUUCGUUCGCCCCGCCGCCAGUCUUCUCCCCUCCCCCUCCUCCGCCUUCACUUCAGGGUUCGGCCACAUAUCUACCUCCGACGCAUCCAGCGCAGCCAAUCGCACCGCCCUACCAUCAACCUACACCGGCCCAUCACCAGCAGUACUCGCAAGAGUACGGCCAGCCGCCUCUCAUCGACACCGCAAGUCCCGCCUCAACGACGGGAGGUCCGCCAACGCCUACCUCGUCCGCUCGUCCGCCUCUGCCGCAGCCAUCGCCUAGACGGCUGCCGGGCGCUUUCGCAAGGCCGUAG